CCCACUUUACUCUGCGCGCAGCUGACUCCUCUACGACUCCUAUACCCCGACACCUAUCUGCUCUACAAACAACAGGUGGUGCUGAGAAGAUGAGAAGAGGUUUGCUGCUGGUGACUCUGUUCCUCAUCAUGAAACUUCGACACAGCCAGUCCAGAUGCGAGGAGCCCGGAUCGCGCAGAGCAACUUCAGAUUUCCAGAAGACCACAGGCUUGGAUAGCCUUAAGAGGAACAGUCUGAAGAGGUUUAGCGAUUUGGAUUAUGAUAGCUUUGUGGGACUGAUGGGAAGAAGAGCUGCCGAUGCAAACGCUGUACAGGCACCACAAAAAAGGGAGAUGCAUGACUUCUUUGUUGGUCUUAUGGGAAGGAGAAACUCUGAGCCUGAUAAUGGUCCCUCGAGGAGAGAGUAUCCAGAGAGGAGGGGCAUGUUUCCCAACAAGUGCAGGCUGAGGUUUCUACAGGGCCUGUAGACAUUCAUUACGAAGAAACUCUCAUAUCUGGCAACAGAGACAGAAGAUCACAGAGAACACAAUCAAUGAACUAAGCGUCUUAUGGUAACAACUAAAUGCUGUGAUUCAC